AAACCCAACUUUAGCCAUUCUCUACUACUCAAUCGGUCUUGACGUUCGGUUCAUAUCAGAAAAGACCUCAACUGGUUUCAAACCCAAAAUGAAGGGGUUUCGUUCACAUAGCCAUAGGCUGCUUCUGCUGCCACUGGUUUCAGUGAUAGUAGUAGUAAGCACAACUCCUUUGUUUGCCGGAGCUCAGAGGGACCUGAAAGGAGAUCAGGACCACUACAACCACAGUCAGCCAUGGAGUGAUGAAAGACAAGUACCACCAUCGUAUUCUGAUGAUCAAUUGUUGACGCCGGUCCAGGUCCAGCAGGGGCAGCCAUACUCAUCACCCCAUUACGAGCAUCCACCUCAUCUCAAUUGUACUACGCCCUCUCACGGCCAGUCGCCACCUCAACGAGUGCAUCCUUCUCCAUCCCGUGGAUAUUAUCCUCCGCCACCCCAUGGCCAUGGAUACCCUCCUUCCCAUGGACAACCACCACCCAAUAACCAAGGGAGGCCUCCACCUUCUCAUGGGUAUCCACCACCUACCCAAGGACAAUCACCACCUUCUCAUGAUCACCAUCACCCACCUCCUUGGAGUAGGGGCCAACAUCCACCUCCAAAACCAAAACACAGACAGUCCCCGCCAUCUCAUGGCUAUCAACCACCACCUUCUGGGGGGCAGACUUCACCACCUACGUAUGUACAACCACCACCACACCACAAACAAUCUCCACCUUCUCAUGGGUAUCAAUCACCGCCGCAGCAUGGAAAGCCACCCCCUUGUUGUCGGGGAUAUUCGCCACCACCUCCUAGGAGGCACCAUCCACCACCCCAGCAUGGACAACCACCACCACAACACGAACAGCCUCCACCUUCUCAUGGGUACCCAUCACCACCACAGCAAGUAACGCUACCUCCCUCUCGAGGUUAUCCACCACCAUCUCCUAGGAGGCAUCAUCCACCACCUCAGCACGGACAACCACCAUCAUCCUAUAGGUAUCCACCACCUCCUAAUAAGGGGCACCAUCCACUACCACCAUAUGGACAUCAACCACCACCUUCCCAUGGGCAUCGAUCGCCACCACAACAUAGGCAAUUACCCCCCUCUCAGGGAUAUCCACCACCACCUUCUAAGACGCACCAUCCGGCGCCUAAGCAUGGGCAACCACCACCACCUUCUCACGGUCACGGGUAUCAACCACCAACUUCUGGACGGCAGCCUUCGCCACCUACGUACGGACGACCACCACACCAGAGGGGACAGGCUCCACCUUCGCAUGAGUAUUUGUCACCACCGCAACAUGGAAAGCCAUCCCCCUCUCAUGAUUGUCCACCGUCUGAGCAUGCACCACCAUCACCGCGAUAAAGAGAUGGACCACCACCUCAGCCUCAGGGGCGUCAUCCACCACCGCGCGCCAACUACGUAGCAAUAUUAGACUUCUUAGCUAACAAUGCAAGUGAAUCCAUCCUAUGUAUAAGUGUCAUCACCAUAAUUAAGUCACGUUGAUAUAACAAGUACGUAAUGUUAAUCCACCCUAUGUAUAAGCCAUCACCAUCCCAUUUCUCUCUUUGAUCACCCAUCACAAAUAUAAUAUUUUCUAGUUUUAAUUAGCUUUGCA